CGCUGGAACGCUGUGGCCGCCGACGUUCGGCGGCAGAGGGGUGACGUUGCGCUCUUGGGCCGUGAGCACCUCCGAGGCGGCGCUUCUGCAAGCCGAGUCAGUGAGCGGGUAGUAACCGCCGCCUUUCGCUCUUCCGACGGGCAGCCGAGCCGUGGGAGAACCGAGGAGCUUUUGGCUCCUCCGCCCCGGUCCUAGGCGGGUGAGAGAUGCGCUCGGCGUGACGCGAAUUCCUGCUGGUCCCGCUCCCCUCACAAGCCAUGGCUGCGCCGAGCUGGCAAGAGGCUGUGGCCCAGCAGGCCGAGGAGGUGUCGGCCCGGGUGCGGGACGUGCUGUCGGCCGGCGUGGGCCUACUGCGCACCGAGCUGGGCCUGGAGCUGCCCCCGGGCCUGGAGCCGCAGCGCCUGCCCACCUGGUUAGUGCUGCUCUCCGCGUCCGCCCUGGCGCUGCUGCUCCUGGUGGGGCUUCUGUGGGCCGCGGGCUGCGCCAGAGGAGGAGAUGCUCGCAGAAAGCGCCCCAGGAGAACCACCGUCGAGACGGAGGAGGAGGAGGAAGACGAGGACGAGGAAGAAGAAACGGCGAUGACCCUGGGGCUGAGGGGAGGCGGCGGCCCUAACAAGGGGGUCGCUGGGGCAGCCACGGGGCUCUUGCUGAAGGGAGAGGAGCAGAAGAAGCGGAAUAAAAAGAAGCCACCGGAGAAAACGGGCAGGCUUAACGGUCAGCCUGCUCAUGAAAUGUCUGAAGAGGAAAUAAUGCAGACAGUUCGAAGAGAGAACUUAAAGCAGCCAUCAGAUGUGGAAAAGAAAACUGAAAAGUCAAAGAAAAAUAAGAAGAAACCGAAGGGAGAUGCUAAAACGGUUCAGGAUCAGUCACGUGUGGAUGGAAAAGAAGUUGAUGAAGGAGCUUGGGAAACAAAAAUCAGCAACAGAGAGAAACGGCAGCAGCGUAAACGUGACAAGGUACUGACUGAUGUUGGGUCAGAGUCAAAUCUAACAGCUAUGGAAAAUUCAGUUUCAGUAUCCACUGAACAACUAACAUCUGCAGCGACUUUUUCAAUUGUUUCCAGAAAAAGCAAAGGCGAUCCUGUUUUGAAUGUUCAAGCUAGUAACUCUAAAUCUGGAAAAGGUGAUGGUACACUUCAGCAAGUAUCUUCAGGACUGAGCGAAGGCCCCACAGUAAAUGGAGGCAACUGGAAUGAAAAGCCUGUAAAGCUUUCUCCUCAGAUUGGUGCAAGUGAGGAGAAAUGGACUCCAGUGUCAUCUGCAGGUAGCAAGAGGAAGACUGAGACAUCAGCUUGGGGAAAAGAUGCUGGAGAUAAUGGAAAUGGGAAGGAUUGGGGAGUGUCCCUGGUGGGCAGAACCUGGGGUGAGCGCACUUUGUUCCCUGGUAUUGCCUGGUCUGGAGUGGAUGGAAGGAUUAAUACUCCUGAACAGAGUUCUACUACAUUUACAUCCCUGGGGCUAAAUCCUGCAGUUUCAGGAUCCAACAGUGAAUCUGUUUCACAGCCUGGUACUACAGACUUUCAGUGGGAUUUAAACCGUAAUCAGGCACAUGUUGAUGAUGAAUGGUCUGGGUUAAAUGGGCUUUCAUCUGCUGAUCCCAGUUCUGAUUGGAAUGCCCCAGCCGAGGAAUGGGGAAACUGGGUAGAAGAAGAAAAGACUCCUUCUGUUCCACAACUUGAAGAAGCAUUGUCUGAGGCUCAAAAGGCUUCAGAUGAUGAGAAGGAAAAGGCAGAACCAACUCUGCAAAGUACUACAAGUGGUAAAUCAAAAAAGAAAAAGAAGAAAAAGAAAAAGCAGGGUGAAGAAGCUAGCUCUCCUGUACAGGAUGCUGAUGACCUGGAUAAAAAUGCUGGAGAAGAAUUUCCAGAAGAUACCUCAAAAGUUCAACAGGAGGAGAUAACUUUCUCUUUAAAGACCAUCAGCACUAGUGAACAAGCUGAGCCUGAGGAGAUGCCCUCAUUUGCUGUUUCUACUGAGCCAUCUGUAACUGUAUCAGAGAGUGAAUCUGACAAGAUACCUUCCCAAGUGCCACAGAUACCACAGGAGACGGAAGUUCCCAUUUCUAAUGUUAAGCAAAACAGUGUGCCUCCGCCACAGACCAAGUCUGAAGAGAGCUGGGAGUCCCCCAAACAAAUCAAAAAGAAGAAAAAAGCCAGAAGGGAAACGUGAAUUUUUUGAGAUGGACGUGUGUUGCAGAAACACUUGUCGUGAAGAUUAUGCUGUUUAUGCAAUAAUUUGUGAACCUGUACAGAAUUUUAUAUAAAUUUCAACAGAUUUUUUUAAAACAAACUGCUUUGAACACAACCAUCUUUAAGAACAGGAACUGAAGGAAAAUAAGUUGGUGACACAAUUUAACAGGAAAUAUGACAAUACUGGAAGAAGCAUUGAAGAGUUUGAGUUUUCAUCCAAUGGGGAAAGUAAUUUUAAAAAACUUGGCUUUACAACAGUGCCCUGUUUACAACAGAUUAUCUCUAUUUCAUGUCCAUUGGAGAAAGAGGAUUGGUCUUAAAAUUCCCUAAUCAUCUUUAAAAGUAGUGUAUCACUCUUGAGUGGUGUCCAUUCUGAAUUUGUUUAAUGCCGAAAUCAAAGAACUCUGGUUAAAUAAUCUGCCAUAUCUUUCUAAUAUUUAUUAGAAUAUGUUAACCAUAAAGUUAAUUAUAAAUACAGAGAGGCUGGAGUCCUGGAAGCACUUACUCUUGAAUAGUCUCCCAGCUUGAAUGAUAAGUCUAUUUCAGAAUAAGUGUGCAGACAGAUUGUCGCAAGAACCAUUUAGCAAAAUUUAUCCAGCAAAAAAGGAAAAAAUGAGUGCAGCACUUGCAAAAACGGCUAUCAAUUAAGAAACUAAGAAAUUUGGUUAAAACUUCAUGAAAUUGCUUCUAGUAAUCUACUUGAAUUACUCAAAUAAUAUAUUUUUAAGAAUAUGGGGCUGUAUGCUCAAAAUCAACCUCAUGUUUUAUUCCUUUUUAAGGUAGUAGGUUAGUUGUUGCCCUUUAAUCCCAGCUGUGUUUCGUUUCUCUUCCACUACCCACUUUUCUUUUUUGUCUUUUAAAAAAAAAUGAAAAAAAAACUUCCAUAAACUGUUCAGAGGUGUGGUGGAAAAUGAAAGAGAAAAAUAAUGGCUUCAGACAGCUUUAAUUGAUGUUGAAACCACCUGUAUCAGGAAGUGCUUUUUUACUGCCUUAACCUAUGUAGAAUCUGCAUCUAGAGUUCUUAAAUGGAAUUAGUGUGUUGUUGUUGGGUUUUUUGUAUUUUUAAAAAAAUCAUGCAAGUAUAGUAAUGUUAAAACCAACUUUCCUCUUGGAAUUAUUGAUUAAAAUGAGAGUUGAGCUGCAUCAUUUUCAGGCACUGUGUUAAUUACAUUGCAUCAAGCAGGCAGGUAUCUAUCUAUGAAUAGUACAUGGUCAGCCGUGUAUAUUGUAUAUAGCCUUUACAAAUUGUUUGUGUGUGUUUAAAGGACCAUAAUUAACAUAACGAUGAACAUCUAUUAAAGAAAAGCCAUGAUUAUUUGAUGUGAUUGGCUUAGGGGUUUUUUCAUGUGGCAGAGAAAUUGUAACAGCUGUAACCAAUGGUACUUAUUGACUCUCCCAUAAUGUCUCAUUGUAUACAUCUGAAAUUUUUGGUAAAAUUAACUUGCAAUGCAAGAACAAUUAAAGCAGCAAACUGGAUUUCAUUGUAUUGAAGACAAGCCUUAUUAAUUGAUAGUGUUCCUAAUGAAUACUAAUAUACGCAGGUAUUAACUCCUGUUUCAGGAACAUGGCAGAUGUUUACAUGUUCAGAUGUUUUGUUUAAUUCAGUGACAUUUCUAAAUCAAUUUUGUUAAAAUAAAUUGAGCAAAUUGAUAACAUUGCGUUAUUUAUGGGAAGGGAGUUGUGCUUAGACAGUGUUUUAUCAGGGUGGUGGUGUCCAUGUAUGUCAAUACUACUAUGUUUAGUAUUGAAAUACAGUUUUCAACAGUGAUUUUAAGAGGAUGCUUAUCAUGUGGAGUCGUGUAUUAUUAUUUUUUGCUGUAAACACUUCAUUCAUUCAUUCAUCAUAUACCUCUUAAGUAUAAUAUCCAUUUCAAUAUUAUAGUCCCUUUCUACACUUGAUCAGAUUUAAUCUUCUACAAAAGGUAGGAAUAUGGUAAGCAUUGUUCUACCGUCAUAACGUUGGAGGUGCUUCUGUUAGUGGAGCUAAUUAAAUGUUCAGGUAUUACAAAUGGCCAUUAAGCCACAUUUCUUAAUUCCUUAUCAGUCCUAUAAGGAGAAUUGUAAGAUGGAAAGGGUUUCUAUUCAUAUCUGUUUGCAAGAUGAAUAUAGUGUUGGAAGCAUUUUAAUCAUGGGUUUUGACAGACCACAUGUGAGAGCAAAUUCGUAAAGCAUAGUAUGGGCCUACUUCUAAAUGAUAGGUUAAAGAUACUUUCUAACAUAAAGUUGUCCAAAAUUAAGCUACUCACCUUAAGCCAAGCCCUGACCUGCUCUGAACCGGUUUCAUGGUGCCUUUGCAAUCAUGUUUCUCUUGUUUAGGAGUGCAUGCUCAAUCAGAUUUGAGCAAUUGCUCUAGAAAUUGUCUAGGAAAUGCUUAGGAAUAAUUGGUUAGCCUCUUCGUGCUCAAGUGCUGCUUUCAAAAUUAGUCCACAUUGUUUCUGUUUUUAGAAAUUAGCAAAUGUGGGUUGCAUUUAUAAAUGUGGAUGAAUAAUAAAUAAGAAAUUAGUACUUCUCUUGCUUGGUUUGCCACGCAGCCCAGUCCUGUGCACAGUUACGGGUGUCUAUGCCCAUUGAAACGGACUUAAGCGCAUCUUGGCUUUGAUUGAAUCCUAAAACGUCAAGUCUAUUUUCAUCCACUUCAGUCCUAAACUUCUUUGAUCUAGGCUUCUAAAUAGCAGCCUUUAGCUGUAUUGAUAUUUUGAUGGGUUUCCCCAUACUCUGAUAACUUUAGGCAUUCUACACGUAGAAUUACAGGUUUUCCCUCAAACGUAAUUCUUGUGCUUUUGCUUCAGCUAGAACUAAAAGCAGAUGUUGAUCACCCAUGGGGAAAAUAGCCUAAAUUGCUAGACUUUGAAGCUUCUGAUAAGGUUAUGGAGCAAUAGAUGGACUUCUUGAGAAGUAUAUGUCUUGAGUCCAGGAAAUCUAAAGUUAACCACGUAAGAUGGAAACUGGGGAAAAACAACAUAAUUGCUUUAUGAAUGUGAGUUAACCUUUUCAGAAUGUUUACAGAAUGGAAAUUUUCUAAAUCACACAACUAGCAAUGACAAGUGUCCCAAAAAUAAAGCUGUAUUAGUGUAGAAUUCCAAUGAAGAAUGAAAAUAUCUACGAUUGCACAUAUUGGUUUGACAGUAGCCUUUAUGGCCAACUGCAUCCAGAUAUCUGUUUAUGGCUCAAACCAGCUAAACAUUAUAGUUAAUGCAUGGAAUGUUUUCCAAAGAGUAAUGUGGGUUUUGUAACUUUUAAAAUUGUUUGUAUGCACAACUUUACAAAAAUUGUGAUAUGUAAUUGGGUAGUCAUUGCAUGGUUUGAUCUUCCUUGACUUUUCUUUUGGGGUUUUCUUAGGAAAAAUGUAUAAAAUUCAUACAUGUUUGUUACAGAAUUGGCUCAAGGUGAAUGAAAACUGUUUCUGGUUUUUUUAAUUUAAAAGAAUUACAGUAGAUAGACAUUUAACUAUUUACUAAAGAAUGUAUACAUUAAAAUAAGUUUUCAAAAGUGUUUACAGAAAUACAUUUUUAGUGUUCAUCAUUUCCAUUUUUUAUUAACACCUAUUUCCCUAUGCUCUUUAACUUCUAUUUGGCUUAGGUGGUCUUCAACUCAGGUUUGGCAUCAGCACCUGGCUCUCUAGGGCAGGUGCUGAUACCCCACCACCUGGUUAGAGCCCAUUGCGUUUACCUGAUGGUAGAUAGCCAUUUUCAUUUCUCACAUUGUACCUCACAUAGCAUCAGUCUAGGGCAUUGUGGGAAAUUAAAAUGGAGGAGACCCACCAGAGGUCACUUAGCGAGGGCCCUCUCAAACCUAUAGUUGGCUCGGCUUGUGACAUGUGACCCAUUUUAAUUUGGUGUUUUUUUCUGUCUUUGUUGGAUAUGGACCCUUGGUUUAAACCAUGUCAUUCUGCUAACACAUAUGUUACACUAGAAUAAGGAACUCUAGAGCAAUGCAAUAGCAUUAGCUUGUGCAGUGGGUUUUCUGAGGAAUCCUGUCAUGCAAGCUAACGUUAUUGACUGUGUGCUAGAGGUCUUUUACACAAAUGUAAUGUAAUUUGCUUUAGUAGAAUAUGAUUGGAUACUGCUCAAAUCCUUAAACAAUAAUUAAAAAGAAAAUGGCUGUUGUCACUGAUCUGGUCCAUUUGAUGUUGGAUCAGAAACUAGUACUGUGGAAACUUUGUAAACACUCAGACUGUGUGGAACCCAGAAGUUUGCCCUUUGUUGUCAGUGUGACUUUUCCCCUCCCCCAACUUUCUGUCAGUGUAUAUCAACUAUCAUUUAAUGUGGCAAAAACCCAUAAUUAAAUUUGUAGGAAAUACCUCAAGAUUUUUAGAAACCACAACUGAAGAAAGCAUCUCAGAUUCCUAGAUGCCUGCAUAGAAUUUUUCUAGUGGGUUUGCAAAAUUUUCUUGGGUGUAACAGACUUUCCAAGGUGGGAAUAGUAUGGAUUGUACGCAAAGAUUCUGUUAGUAGGAAGCAGAGAGUGGCCCUUUGAACUUAAUUAAUUUUAAAUGUUUAUUAUGUAUCUUAUUAGGUAAGUAGAUUGUAUAACUGUAGAUUGUAUAAUCUACAUUUCCAUUACAGUAAGGUAGUGUGUGUGUUUAAAGUUAAUGUUACUAAUUGUAGUGUGUUUUUAUUUUAGUGUUUUAACUACAGAAAUUUAACAAGACAUACAAUGAAAUAUAUAACUACAUCACAUAAUGUGUAUACAGUAAUAUUAAUACAUUACUGUAUAUGAGUUCAUAAAAUAAUACAUCAAUAAAUAGUAAGUUUUGCACCAAUAGGUAUAAUUCUCACCUGAACAAAUUUUAGUUGAGGAUUAUAUAUCAAAUGGAACACCUAGGAGACAGGGACAUAUGCAUGUAUGUAUAUUAAUUUCUAUAUUAUAGUUUGAUUUCAAAUAGUAAAGGAACUCCAUUCUUUGACAAACUUGCCUUUUUGCUGUCUUCCAUUCUGUCUCGCUGUUUCCCUAAUUUUCAGUAGUUAAGCUACUUUCCAUAUUUGAUUUAUUCUUUACAUGUAAUUGUUUUUCUUCUAUUUUUAGCAAUUGGUCAACUUUGUUUCCAUUGGAUAUCAUUGGUUUGUUGUAAAUUUGAGAAUGAAAAACUCUUAACAACAUUGUUUUUGGAUCAAAGGUUAAAUCAUUCAGUUAUUCUAUUUAUAUAUAUUUACUUGUCUCUAGUUAUUUGAAUUUUUGGACAUGACCACUACAUGUGCAUAUAGUCUGCUGAAUGAAACCCAUACUUGCAGCACACACUGUAUUCAUUCUAUAGGUUUAAUUUAUUAUUUAUAGUGUUAGAUACCAACAAUAAAGCAACUUUUAAUAAUUCU